UUCGCCGCGCGCGGUUCACUCGAUUUCCGGUCCGCGUUCGCUUAACUCAAACUGUUCGCCGGCAUCGUUUGUUGUUGUUUUCGAAUGUGGUGGUGUGUAGAAAAACGCGAGUGUGUGCGUUCUGCUGCAGCGGCACAUAAUUUUGCGCGUUUUGUGCGUUGACAGCUGCAAAAAGCAAGAGGCAAAAAAAAAGAGUGCAGAAAAGUGCAAAGCAAACGUCGACAGCAAAACAAACAACAAACAAACAAAGCAGAAGCCAAAAGAAACAACAAAACAGGCCCACACACACCUGUCGUUUUUGUUUGUGUUGGUGUUUUGGUCCCGGCAGCCUAACAAAAAUAAAGAUGCAAAAAGUGGCAGCAGGAUAGCGAAUCGAGAUUUUCCGGCGAAAUAGAGGAAGGAGCCUCCGAGAACACAAAAAAGAGAAGAAGAAGACUCCCCAAAAGAAAGGAAAAAGCAAACAAAAACCCAAUAAGAUUGUCAACGUGGAGCAAAGUGAAUGAAAAUAUUGUGUGGUGCAUUGAAAGUGUUUGUGCGUUGGGAAACUCCAGAUCGCGAUCGCAGCUGAGGAUUAUUGAUUCCGUCGAAUUACGAUUUUCGAAUAACGAAUAACGCAUUACGAAUUACGAAUUACGAAUUACGAAUUACGGAUUGCACAAUCCACAAUCCGUCCGCACACCGAAAAAUAAAUCUCCGGCAAACAGUUGCAGCUGCCUACUUUGGCUAAUUGAUUUUCAUUUCGGUUUCUGUUUUUCCAAUUUGUUUGUUAGCUGGUUGGUUGGUUUGUUUGUUUGUUUGCUCGCCUCUUGCAAUGAGGCGUCCGAAAGCUGCCAAUCACAACAACAACAACAACAGCAUAAAUACCAACAACAACUACUCGCCAAAUGAACAAAAACAAGCUGAAAAACAACAAGUAGAAGUACAUGAAGUGAGGCAGCACGACAAUUGCGUUUGCGCUUUUUUGCUGUUUUUUUAAUUAAUUUUAAGUGUCGCCGUAUUCCGUUGCCCUUUUUGUUCGGGAGUGGGAAACGCUAUCUUAGCGCUGGAGCCACCGGCAAAACCCCCCAGGAAAUCGGCAAUUUAAUUUACAAUACAACAUUAGUACGGACAUAAAGGCGGAUAAAGGCGAGCGGCGAACGGAGAACCCAAAAUGUUUGCCGGAAUAAGGAAGCGACUGGCACGCAAGCAAAACGAGAAGGACUGCGAUGAGGACGAUAAAGAGGAUGUGCUGGACAUCAUGCCGCCACCUCCGAACUACAUACAGAUCUCCCAGGGCAGGAUUCAGUUGGUCCACCAGCCAAGAACUCCUUUGGAAUCGGAGGCGGGAACCCUUUCCCUGGAGCGACAUGGAGGCUCGAUCUCCGGAUCCGGCGGCUGUGAUAAGGAUGUUUUGGAGAAGCGGAUGAUUGAAGUUGAAGGCGCUCUGCUGCGUUUGCAGGAGCAGUUCCAGAAAAGCCAAUGCGGGUCGCCAACGUUCGAGAAGGAAUUGCGCGAACAAAUUGAGAACAUGAAUCGCAUUAUGAAAUCCAAAGAACGCAAGCAAAUGCAGACAUGUCGGGAUCACAAGGCACUGCAGACCCGCUUCGCCCGCCAGGAAAGUCUGCUGCAGUCGAUGCAGCAGGAGAACCGAUCCCUGCUCACCCGGAUCCGGCAAUACGAGCACUGCUUGGACGAUGUGAUGCGCAAGGUGGUGGACGCCAUCGUGGCGGAGGACAACCUGCGGGAGGAGGUGACCAUGCUGAAGAGCAGGGUGCGGGAUCUGGAGGCCCAGAAUGCCGCCCUGUCCGCCAGUCCGGUGAAGGGCCGGGAUGAGGGUUACUGCACCAUGAGCAGUGGACAGCCGCAGCCGUCGAAUGGACACCUCGAAGAUCUGCCCGAGGAACCGGAGCAGUGGCUUCUGCCGGCGGAGCCCUGCUCCACGGAAAUGGAGGACUGGAGCAUGUCGCAGGAGGAGCUGGCGGUGAUGACCUUCGACGACGAGCGGGAGCACCACCUGCAGCAUCCCCAGCAGCAGCGGAGGAAAAGGGAUCACGACUGGUUGUGGCCAUCCAGCGACUUCAUCAACUCAACGACUGUGGAAACCGAUUCGGUGGCAGAUGGCAUUGCACAGCUGCUCCAACAAAAGAUCGUUUACUCGGAGGACGAGGAGGUGGCCUGCACGGAUUUCACCAACGAUUUCUACAAGCUAGUUAACAUUCGCUCAAACUCCUCGCGCAGCCUUUACUCCUACUUGGAGGGCGAGACGGAUGACGAGGAUGAGGACGAUGAGGAGGGCGAGGAUUCCAGCAUGUCGGAGAGCCAAGUGGGUCCUGCAGGACGAACAACGGGAGGCAGUCCCACGCCCAGCGAAGCGGGAAGAGCUCAGCUAACCAGCUGCUCCUCCAGCGAAACGGAAGAGCUGUCCGUGAGUCAAGCGAAAAAGGAUGAGGAGCCCGAUUACGCGGUAAUCGAUGAAUGCAGGAGGCGAGUGAGUGACAUCGAAAUCGAGGAUGUACCCAUGAUUGUGAGCAGCACGCCAAUGAAACCGCUGGAUGAGCAACAGUGCAUUGCCCAGAUCAUCAAGAGCGAACUUCGACGACCUCCCCAUGUCCUGGUGAAAUCGAAAUCGGUGCUAGAGGAGCAGGAGCCCAGCUGCAUCCUGCGGCAGAAUCAACGCCGCGAACUGGAGUCCACCGUGGUGCGCAGCGAUAGCAUCAGCUGUGCCAUGAUGGCAAAGUUGGCCAAGGAGGUGGUUCCCCCGGCGCCCGGAAUGGUGACCAAGCUGAAGGAGAGGAUGCUGCUCCGGCAGGCUUCCACUCCUCCGACGGCCAGCUCCUGGCGCAGGAGCAACGGCUGGAAAAGGGUCACCUCACCCGUGCACACACCAGCGGCUGUUUCACCAAAAAAGAAGGAAGCCAAGACCACAGAGCCGCCAAAGAGUUGCCUGCCGAAGGCGCAGCCCACCAGAAUUCCAACGAGCAUCCAUUCGUCGGUGUCCUCGUCCUCAUCGAUGUCCUCGUCCUGUUCCCCCUCGCCCUCCUCCCCCUCCCCCCAAUCGCCGCAGCAGAGGUCACCGGGUCAACAGCCGCAGCAGCAGAGAAAAUCGAAAAUUCCUCCACCAGUUCCCGUGCGACGAUCCUACGCCAGUUAGGGGAUGCCACUCCAAAAUCUCAAAUCAAUAAUCGUCAAGCUAACAAAUAUUUAAAGAUUUAAAAAGACUAAAUUGUGAUAUAUUCAAACAAAACAAAACAAAACAGAAAACAGAAAGAUACCGAAGCAUACAGAUGAUUAUGAGAAGGCCACAGCGAGUUUUGUACGUACGAAUACGAGUAUUUAUGUAUAUUGUAAAUUUUUGGAGGAUGUUUUACCUUGUAAGCGGCACUGCCAACUGUUCCCCCUAAAGCAAAAAAAGAAGAAGAAAUAUUUAACCGACCAGCUCGCCCUGCUCUACGCCAUGUAUUUUGUAGAGCAGCGGAUGCAGCUUCCAAAUCAGUAGGUUAUACUAACUAUAAUGGCAAUUUGAUUGACUUCAAACAGAAUUCAAACCACUAUUAGCUAUGGUCGAGAGUAGAUGAACCUAAACUGUAGUCUUCCGCACAAGUCGAGUGUAUUCGUAGGACAUGGUUAGCCGCAUUAACUAAGCCGAGUUAGUAGCUCCUCACACACAACCGCAGUUGAACAUUUGCAUUUAAGGUGAAAUAUUUCAAGGUGUUUACGAUGCAUAUUUAGGUACGAUAUAUACAUUAUAUAUAUACGGUUUCCAAGCGAACAUUUAAACAUUAAACGACAACCACAACAAUAAACUGUAAAUAGAUAGCGGUCGUUCAAGCCGGUGACAAAGCUCUUCUUCAACCGUAGUUAGUGUUAGCUCCUCAGGGACUGCUGCCACCGACUAAUUUAUCGCAGCAGCCCGAUUCCUAAGCAUAUACCUACACUAUAUAGAACAGAACGCACUACGAUCGAGGAGGGAACAUAGACGUAAGCUCGUAUAAACAUUAUAAAUGUAUUUUCUUAGCGUAGCGAGUACAAAAAAUAAACAAAAAGAAGUUACAGAAAAAUAAAUUAUUGACCUAACCAUUGGC